AUGGGUGCACAGACCGAGGGUUUGGGCUUUGCGUGUCCAUCCCACCGUGUCUGCCUGUCCAUCCUGUCGUGUUUGUGUGUCCAUCGCGCCGCGCAGGGCUACAGCGUCCUCCCGCCUGACGUUUCACUGAGCAAAGCCCAGCCAGCAUCUAAACCCGCCGCGUUCCCAUGGCUACCGCGUUCUCCAGAGCAACCGGGACAGCCGCGACCCAGCGCAUCCCAGCCUGCGGCACGGAGCAGCCCCCAGCCCCGCUGCGGGACCAGGCAGCUUUUCAAGCCGCUCUCACUUCUGGGUGGCUGGAGGAGUUUCCUUGUUGCAGACCCUUCUUGCAAACCCCGCUCCCCAGCCCAGCCAGCAGCAGGGGCCGUCUCCGCUCCCCAAAAGCCGGUCUGCACGCCGAAACGGGGGUGUGACGGCUCACCAUCGUCGGACCCUGCGCUGAGGGAGCUGCUGCCCAAAGGACGCUCUGCUGCCCAGCAUCAAGGAGCUGCCGUUAAGAGAGAACGUGGAUGGGACUCCUCCUUGGGAAGGAAAGAGAUGCGCUUUCUGCCCGUGGCCGUGGCUGGCAGUCUCCAGCCGAGAACUGUUUUUUCCGACGGUCGCCCACAGGACCCCUCCCUGCGAGGCAGCAGACCCUUCCCCUGCUUGGCCGGCCGCGAAGCCCCCCGGGUGACUCCUGUGCUCCGAUGGCUCUGGCUCCCAUCCCUCAGCGGUUUCUCAGGAAGCAACGUGGUUUUGACAAAGAGGGAUGUUGAGACCCAUGAAAUUAAAGAAGUCUGAUGGAACAGCACAUGCGCUGCUUGCAGCAGCUGCAUUAAAGCAUCGGGUGCCGGGGAUCUGCGCUCCAAGGUAUCGGAGGUGCCUGGAAACGGCCAGGGAGAAGAUUCAGCUCCACUGAACGUAGCUGCCGAAGCCAGGCAGGAUGCCCACGCCACCCCGUCUGCUCUGCGGUCAGCAGGGAGGAAUGGGGCCCCAGGGAGACAACAGACCCUUGGGUUUGGUCGGGAUGUGUUCCCUGGAGACGUUUGCUCCUCUCUUGUGGAGGGUAGUUUGUUAGAUGCCUGGCGUCUAGAUGGUUAAGGUUUGGGGAGAUGAGUCCCUUCCCAGCUUCCUAAUAAAUCUGAACACAAGUCAAAGAUGAAGAAAAACCUUUAGAUUUUUCUUUUCACCUGCAAAGUUUAGGAAAAUGAGUUGAACAUUAGGAAGCACCAGCGCAGUGGCAGCAGACCGUGGCAAUGGGGGAAGCAACUGAAGAGCUGUCUGGGUCAAUUACCUAGGCUGUUAUGAUUAAGAAUUAAAAUCUGAUCCUCUUGGAAAGUCUGAUGUGGGGGAUUGCAUGGAGAAACUGUUUGUAGAAAAAACAAAAGUGACAAUUGCGGCUUACUUCCUUUAAGAUCUGAAAACCCUAAAACUGCUGCUUCUACUGCUGCACUGGGAAGAUGCAGGAGUUACCGGGAAGUGCAAGACUCUCUCUACUAUUCCACGCUUUCAGGCAACGUUCAGCUUAAUCUGUAGCAGAAAAUUAAGGCAGAAGAAAAUGUGCAAUUGAAUUUGAGCAAGGACCCGUGAACCACUCUUUCCUGGAAGAACAAUGACCCUCUCGUCAUCAUCGAAAGAAAAGUCUACCUGCGGUAUCAUUUUUAUUCUCCGGCUAUAGACAUAACUCACUCUGCAUCUUGUCCAAACCUCCUUCCUAAUCAUCAUGAAAGAGGUUGACAAGGUGCAAGAUUAUCCUCAAAUAUGCGCUUUUUCUUACACUUAUCUGACUGUCCUUCAGCAUCUGACUAGCAAUGAAUGGGUAUAGAAAAGAAAAAUGAAUAAGGAGGGGAAAUGAGCACGGGGAGAAGAGCUCUGCACUCAGACAGAAAUUGUUAUUUCACUUUGGUUGUGGAAUGGGAAUCCUUGAAGUCUCAGCACCUUUUGGUGCCGAUCUGUGAUAUUUAAUAUUCUCUAACAUGCUUUCUCAGCUGACAUCCCUUUAAUUAGCUGAUACUCCUCUUUACUCUCUAUAGCCACGAGUUUCCAAAAGUACUUCAGUGACUUAAACCCAGCCACUUCCCAGGAAAUUUACGUGCUUGUGGUGUCUCAAAAGUGCCACCCGCUGCAGAAUUGGGGUUUCCCCGUCUCUCGGUGGCAGGUUACUGCGGGGCCGGCCGUGGGUGGGCUGUACGGCACGCUGCCAAGGAGGGAAUCCGCAGCAAGUCCAGUGGUUUAUGGCUUAUAAAAAUGACACUAUUAAAUGAAGUGAGACUUUGAUUUUAUGGGGUAUGAAAUGCUGCUUACAUACUGCUGCCUUCAAUGGAGAUGAUCAUUAAGCAGUUAUUUGCACAAGAAGCUUGGGUGAAAACUGGAUAUUUCCCCUGGCCUGGGGACGUGCUGCCGACAGACAGCACCCGCUCUGCUGCUGGAAAAGCAGUCGAAAGCGAAGAGCUGCCUCUCCUCCGUGUCACUGGAGAGGAGAAGCAUCCUCAUGUCUGCCUGGGCAGACUCGCGCAGGCUUUGGAGAUGCUCUAUGACUGCGUUCAACAUAGGGACAUAACGUGUGUGCAUGUAUGGAACAUAGACUAUUACGAACAACAUAUGCAUUCACGGCGUGUCAGAAACCCGCCCUGCAUUGCCUCAACUGCUGUACCAGCGAGAGCCGACGCGGCGGGUCCUGCCCGGCGGCUGCCCGGUCAGAGGGACGCAGGACA